AACAUCUGGAGAUUGAGGGACUUGUGAUAAUUGGUCAACAACGACUCCUGCCAAGGUCUUCGGUCCAUAUAAGCCCCAGGUUCUCCAGCCCACAUUGUACUCGUCGACAACAUGCAUCUGACUCACUCGCUGUUCAUCCUUUUCCUCAGCCUCCCGGCCCUGCUGGGUUUGAGAGCUGUGUGGCAGUUCAGGUCCAUGAUCCUCUGCACCGUCCCCGACAGCUGGCCCGUCCUGGAAUACGCCGACUACGGCUGCUACUGUGGACUGGGUGGUUCUGGAACCCCAGUGGACGAACUGGACAGAUGUUGUGAGGUGCACGACCGCUGCUACUCCGAGGCCAUGCAGCACGAUGAGUGCUGGCCAAUCCUGGACAACCCCUACACCGAGCUGUACAGCUACAAGUGUGACAAGUCCACGAAGACCGUCACCUGUCAGAAUGACAACGAUCCCUGUGAGAAGUUCAUCUGUGAGUGUGACAGGAAGGCGGCCUACUGCUUCGCAUCGGCUGGUUACGACGAAGCCAACGCCCAUCUGCCCAGCGACCGGUGCAAAUAGGCCCGCCUCUGCCCGGCAACAGUUCAAAUAAAAACCCAAAAAAAAAAAAUAAAAUUAAAAUAAAUAUAUAAAGAUAA